AUGGCGAUUAUUGAGGGGCACUUGAAAAAUCAAGCCAAGAAUGCGGCUGGUAGCCGAACUACCAGAAAUUCUAAAAACACUAGUUCUGUAAUGAAGUGUGUUUUUUGGAAUAUUCGUGGUAUAUCUAAUAGUAGGGCUCGUGAUCAUCUUCUCUCUAUGAUUUGCGACCAGGAUCCUUUUUUCUUAUGUAUUGUUGAACCUAAGCAUGUCUCACUGGCAUUGACUAUUAAUGGAGUGCGUAUGUUUAUUUCUAUUGUUCAUGCUCACUGUUUGAAGAUUGGUCCGGGUAGAUUUAAUGUGGGAGCUUCCGAGGAAUUCACUGCUAUGAUGGUCUCCUGUUGUGCGCAGAAGGUUCUCCCACGGUCCUACUCUGAUCACUCCCCCAUUGUUAUCUCCUGUGAUGAUACUUUCAAGCCUGAGAACACUCCUUUCAGAAUGCAACGGUUUUGGUCUGAACAACCGGCCUUUAAAGCUUUUGUUCGCUCAUCUUGGGAAGCCCUGUUUUUUGGUGUUCCUAUGUUUGUUGUUGCUGCAAAACUCAAACGGCUUAAGGACCCUCUCCGUAAUUGGGCUAGGGGUGUUUUCCCUCACAUAGAUAGGGAUGUUUCAAAUAAUAAAAUUCUUCUUGAAGAUAUUCAGAAAAAAUGGAGGUUGAAGCUUAGAAGGGUUAAAAACUAUAUUCAUGAAAUCAAGUCUGAUGAUGGUGCUACUCAUUCUGAUAUGGUUUCUAUUGGUGAGCAGUUAGUCUCUCAUUAUAAAAACUUUUACAAGAGAGGAGUGACAACUCGCAAUGACGAUCUUUUAGCCUACAUUCCAUCCUUGGUUACAGAUGCUGAUAAUGUGAUCUUGACAGCCAUUCCCACAGACGCUAAGAUUAGAGCCGCCAUGUUUUAUCUGGACCCGAAUAACGCCCCUGGCCCUGACGGUGUUCCAGGUACUUUUUACCAAAUUCUUGCUUCUCGGCUUUCACCCCUAUUUUCCAAGCUAAUUUCAGAGCAACAAGGUGCUUUCCAGAAAGGAAAAAUUAUCUUCUCCAACAUUGGUGUAGCCUCGAAGCUGACGAAUAUGAUGUUCUCUAAAUGUUAUGGAGGUUGUAUGGGUUUGAAAUUGGAUGUCCAAAAAGCCUAUGACAAGUUAGAGUGGGCUUUUCUUUUUGGCGUGUUGGCGUGUUUUGGGUUUCAUCAAAAAUGGAUUUCCUGGAUCCAUCAAUCUAUGAUCUCUACUCGGCUGUCGAUUUUUGUGAAUGGAGGCCCGGUUGAUUUCUUUGAGGUGGAGCGUGGUCUCAAACAAGGUGAUCCUCUUGCCCCAAUGUUAUUUAUUUUAGUUGAAGAAGUGCUAUGCCGCAAUUUACAGGAUCUUCGGAGCAAGGGCCAUAUUGAAGGUAUCCCCGACCCUAGGAAGGUUUUCACUCCCUCUCAUCUACUAUAUGUUGAUGAUCUUCUUAUUUUUAUGAAUGCGGAGAUUCGGUGUGUAAGGCGGCUCAAAAGUUUAGUUGAUGCCUACCAAGGUUGUUCAGGUCAAGUAUUUAAUCUUGAGAAGAGCAAGGCUUUCCUUGGAUCUACCCCCUCUGAGAGAAAGUCUCGUAUCAUUGAUAUUCUUGGGAUUCAGGAGUGCUCCUUUCUAACUCGCUAUUUGGGAGUGGAGUUAUUCAAGGGGUGUGUUAAAAAGAACCUUAUCCUUCCUCUCAUGGAUAAGUUUAAAGCCAAAUUUGCAGGGUGGAAGGGUCAUUUACUCUCGAUGGCCGACAGAGUUGAAUUGGUCAAAUCGACUGAUCCUUCGGUUUUUGCUAGUUUCCUUCGUGGAAGGUUUGUUGCUUCUGAUGGCUCUCUCAAGAUGAAUUCAAAAUCCUUAUCCAUCCUCUCGGGGCUUCGCAAAGUCUGGGAUUUUGUCUACUUGUCUGAAAGCUGGGUGAUAGGUGAUGGAGUUUCAAUUAGUUUCUGGUAUGACCGCUGGAUUGGAAACAAAUGUGUUAGUGAUUUUUUAUCACAUGAUUUUGAGAUGCUUAAGGGUCUUUCGGCUUCUGUGGCUGACUUCAUUGAGGACGUUCACAUUUCUAAUAUCCAUGAAUUAGUUGUCUCCAAAAAGUUGAGGAUUUGUUCUGACAGUGCUCCAGCACAAAAAAUCAUUGAACUAGUUUGGCAUCCACCACCUCCAGGAUGGUUCAAGCUCAAUAUUGAUAGUAGUUCUUUGAGAAACCCAAGACACUCGGGUUCAGGUGGAAUUUUCAGAGAUGGCAAGGGGAUGGUGGUCAACUACUUUGCUUCCUAUAAUGGUGUGGGUACAAAUUACAAGGCAGAGUUUGCUACUUUCUUUUUGGGUUUUAAAAAUGCGAUUCAUAUUGGGGUGGAGAGCCUUUUGAUUGAAAGUGAUUCAUCGACUGUGGUAUAUGCUAUCAUCCAAAAGAAAAUUCAUUGGGAAACUAAUACGGUUGUGGAUCGCCUUGCUAACCAUGCAGCCAAGUCUCGAUCUUCCCAAUACUGGACGUCAGCACCAUCUUUUAUUGCAAAUGGUUUGGAUUGGGAUGCUUCCGGAAGAUCUUUCUUCAGAUUUUGUUGA